AUGAACGUCAACGAAAGAAUCGAUAUUGAUAAACCAUUAUGGGAUCAGUCUACGUAUAUUGGUAGACUGAAACAUUACGCUUUCAUUACUGAUUGCCGUAUGAUUUUUGUGAACAAUCAGAAAUUAAGAGAAGCUAAACAAUUCUGUGAUGAUUACAAAAGAGGCAACAUACCUCCCGGAACACGAAUGUCCGAUGUUAUUCGUGCAAAGCAACUCAGGGACGGUGCAUUUCAUCCAGAAACUAGUGAAUUAAUACCUAGUUUUACCAGAUUGUCCUUUCAAAUGCCUACUUCAGUUAUACUUACGGCGUCUAUGUUAGCAUGUCAAAAAAGUACCCUUGCUAUAAUAAUAAUUCAAGCAGUACAUCAAAUACAUAAUGCUAUUGUAAACGACGUGUACAAAAGUAAGCUAAAUGGCGAUGAUAAAAGUUUGCUUGUUGCUUCUUUAUGCUUCUUAGCGUCUUACAUUAUACUUUUUCUUAUACUUUUCUGUCAUCAGAGGUGUCUGCCAUUUUGUGCAGUGACUACUGGUCACAUAAUAAAUUUGCCAGUUAUACGUUACAAAGAGAUCACAACAGGAAUUCCAAUAUACAUGAAAGACAAAACAGAACCUUUCAUGAAAUCAAAAGUAGCAGCUGUGAAGAGUAUUUGUGAAUGUUUAGUCUCAAGAAUAGCUAUGUCCAUACCAUGUUUUCUUCUCAUUCCAAUCAUCACUCAGAAACUUAUGCCCUAUUGUUUUUCUCAGCAUCGACCAUGGAUCUUAAUUUCAAUUCAAACUGGUUUAUGUGCUAUAGGCUGCAUAUUUGCAAUUCCGUCCGCCCUUGCGAUUUUCCCCGAUAGAAACUCUAUGAGUCCGAUAUUGAUGAAGUUGCAUCCAUCCGAAUAUGAAGAGUUUAAGGAACAUGUGAAAGAACAUAUAGAUAAAGUGUAUUAUAAUAAAGGUCUAUAA